GUGACUGGAGAGGAGUGGGAGAGGGAGGGGAGAGAAGCAGCGCAGCAGCGGGCAAGCCAGCAGCCCUGAAACCCAGAAAUAAAGGCGAACUUAGCUUGUAUACGCAAGAAUAAUUUACUUUGCUUUACGACAUGGCACUUCGCACAGAACAACACACAGUUCCGGGGAUUUAGGCGAUAAGGCUGGGUCGUUUGUGGACUCUACCGGAGACGGCUGGAAACUCACAAGGAAAGAAAACAACAACACUGGAAAAAAGACGGGGGUUACACACAACAGUGACAAUAAAACAACACUCCCCGACAAGUGGUCUGCCCGGUGCCGAGGGUGAAGUCCGAGCAAAACAACAGGAAAUAUUGGUAAAUUGAUAUUCUAUUUGAAACAUUUUAAAUGCUAGUUGUAGGGUAGCUUUUCUGCGUGAACUUUAAACUCAGGAAACAAUGAAGACAUAGCGAGCAAGAACUCAUCAAGUGUCUCGAAGCUGCUAGCCAUCCCGCUAGCGUUAGCUUGGCUAUCUCACAGCUAGCGAAUGCGAGGCGAAGCUAACGCCCGCUAGUGCGGCGAAGUGAGCUAAGUUAGCUUGUCGGCUAACGUUAGCUGGCUAGCUAAACGCGUUUCGAGAAACUUUUCGUGUUGUUUCCCAAGAGCCCAAACACUGAAGGAGUAUUGUAAGAACAGAGGGGAAGGGCAGGUUCCCUUCUGGACUUUAUCCCCUCUACGUAUUUUCCUAAUAUGAUGGCUACGGAGGUCAGCAGUGAGGAUACGGGCUCGGUCACGACAGGGACAGGGGUGGCAGGCGGAGGAGGCCCGGAGACGGCCCCUUUCCCCUACUAUCCCAAGUCGAGCAGAGUGCGAGUCACUGAUUUGGGACAAGGACCAGCACCAACCCUCCGCCAACAUUCAAACACAUUUCCGGACUCACUUCCCGACAUGAGUAUGACCUAUCCCAUGUCUAACGUUAGUGGGGAUAUGACCGGACCAGCGCUUUCCGCAACAGGGAGUGGCGGAGCAGGAGGUGGACAUUCAGUUUUCCAAGGAACAAGCUCAGGGACUGUGGGCGGCAUUUGCUGCUCUCCCACUUCGGAGGGUCCGGCUAGUCGGAUUUCACCCACAUCAACAGGCCCGGAUGGGCCCACUGACUUCCCCCCACUGCCACCACCACCUCCUCCCCCUCCAGGCUGCGGGGUGCUCGGUGGCACUAUGGAUGAAAGCGACAUGCAGGAUGGACCGGAAUACGAGGAAGAAGAGGUGGUGUUCCCCCUCUCUGCACCUCCCACCAACCAGUGGUACCAUGGCAAGCUAGACCGAACCAUCGCUGAGGAGCGGCUGCGCCAGGCCCGGAACCCUGGCAGCUACCUCAUCAGGGAGAGUGACCGCCGGCCCGGUUCCUUUGUCCUGUCUUUCCUCAGUGUGACCAACGUGGUCAACCAUUUCAGGAUAAUCGCCAUGUGUGGAGACUAUUACAUCGGUGGGCGGCGGUUCUCUUCUUUAUCAGACCUGAUCGGUUACUACAGCUAUGUGUCUUGCCUGCUAAAAGGAGAGAAACUGCUAUCGCCAGUGGCGCCCCCAGAGCCUGUAGAAGACAGGAGGAGAGUCAGGGCCAUACUUCCAUACACCAAAGUGCCAGAUACUGAUGAGAUCAGCUUCCUGAAAGGGGACAUGUUUAUUGUUCACAAUGAACUGGAUGAUGGCUGGAUGUGGGUGACCAAUGUUCGCACAGAGGAGCAGGGCCUCAUUGUGGAGGAUCUGGUGGAGGAGGUGGGGCGGGAGGAGGAUCCACAUGAGGGAAAAGCCUGGUAUCACGGAAAGAUCACCAAACAAGAGGCCUACAACCUGCUGAUGACAGUUGGCCAGGUGUGCAGUUUUCUAGUCCGACCAUCCGACAACACACCUGGGGACUACUCCCUCUUUUUUCGCACCAAUGAAAACAUCCAAAGGUUUAAGAUCUCCCCCACCCCCAACAAUCAGUACAUGAUGGGGGGGAGGUACUACAACAGUGUUGAUGACAUUAUUGAUCAUUACAAGAAAGAGCAGAUUGUCGAGGGCUACAACCUGAAAGAGCCGGUUUCAGUACAGCACCAGGAACAAGUUCUUUCUGACACAGUGGAUGGGAGAGAAAUUUAUAACACUAUCAGACGGAAAACAAAAGACGCUUUCUACAAAAACAUUGUCAAGAAAGGCUACCUCCAGUUCAACAAAGGCAAAGGCAAAAGAUGGAAGAACCUUUACUUCAUCUUGGAGGGUAACGACGCCCAGCUCAUCUACUUCGAGAGCGAGAAGAGAGCCACCAAACCCAAAGGGCUGAUCGACCUAAGUGUGUGCUCCGUGUAUGGUGUGCAUGACAGUCUGUUUGGCAGGCCUCACUGUUUCCAGAUUGUUGUCCAGCACUUUAGUGAGGAACAGUACAUAUUCUACUUUGCGGGGGAAGCUCCAGAGCAGGCACAGGAUUGGAUGAAAUGCCUUCAAACUUUCUGCACUAACUUAAGGAAACCCACUCAGACGACCUCCAACAAGAGGCUUAGACAGGUGAGCAGCCUGGUGCUGUAUGUGGAGGAGGCCCACAAGCUGCCAGUGAAGUAUUUCACCAACCCCUACUGUAACAUCUACCUGAACAGCGUGCAGGUGGCGAAGACGCACCCUAGGGAGGGGCAGAACCCUGUGUUUACUGAGGAGUUCAUCUUUGAUGACUUGUCGAGUGAAAUCAACAGAUUCGAAAUCAGCCUAAGCAACAAAACAAAAAAGAGCAAAGAAAGUGACAUCUUGUUCAUGCGUUGCCAGCUGAACCGUCUGCAGAAGGGCCAGAUGAUUGAUGAGUGGUUCCCUCUCAGCUCCCACGUGCCUCUGAAGGGCAUCGAGCCGGGCUCUUUACGCGUACGUGCCCGCUACUCCAUGGAGAAGAUCAUGCCCGAAGAGGAGUACAGCGAGUUCAAAGAGAUGAUCUUGCAGAAAGAGUUCCAUGUCAUAUACGCUCUGGCCCAUGUGUGUGGCCAGGACCGCACCUUAUUGGCAAGCCUGCUUCUGCGGAUCUUCAGACACGAGAGAGCUGAAGCCCCUCUACUCAGGACACUCAAUGACAGAGAGAUUAACAUGGAGGAUGAAGCCACAACAUUAUUCAGAGCGACCACACUGGCCAGCACACUGAUGGAGCAGUACAUGAAGGCCACAGCCACACCGUUUGUCCACCACGCUCUCAAAGACACCAUCCUCAAGAUCAUGGAGAGCAAACAGUCCUGUGAGCUGAACCCUUCUAAACUGGAAAAGAACGAGGAUGUGAACCUGAACCUGGCUCAUCUCCUCAACAUCCUGUCUGAGCUGGUGGAGAAGAUAUUCAUGGCUGCUGAGAUCCUACCACCGACAUUGAGGUUCAUCUAUGGCUGUCUGCAGAAGUCUGUGCAGCAGAAAUGGCCCACUAAUACCACCAUGCGGACGAGGGUCGUAAGUGGCUUCGUCUUCCUAAGACUGAUCUGUCCUGCCAUUCUCAACCCCCGAAUGUUCAACAUAAUUUCUGACCCUCCAUCUUCAGCAGCAGGCAGGACACUCACACUAGUGGCUAAGUCUGUCCAGAACUUGGCCAACCUGGUUGAAUUUGGUGCUAAGGAACCUUAUAUGGAGGGUGUGAACCCUUUCAUCAAAAACAACAAACACAGGAUGAUCAUGUUUCUGGACGAGUUGGGGAAUGUCCCUGACCUCCCUGAAGCCACAGAGCACUUAAAGACGGACCUGUCCCGGGACCUGGCUGCGCUGCACGAGGUCUGUGCCACACACUCAGACGAGCUCCGGACGCUGAGCAACGAAAGGGGAGCACAGCAGCAUGUGUUGAAAAAGCUGCUGGCCAUCACAGAGCUCCUCCAGCAGAAGCAGGCUCAGUACGCCAUGUCCAACAGCAACAGGACAGAGUGCACCAUCAUGUCACUGGCUGCUGCCAUCCAGGUAAUGUGAGUUUUACAGAUCCCCGCCCCGAAAAUCAAAGUGCGGUAGUCAGACCGCACAGCCAGCCAGCCAAAGCGAGGCCUCAUCCCGUGAGGUGUCCGACCGAAGACUUAAGUCAGUUUGUAUUUAUAAGCAUGUGGCCUAGAUUCCUGGCAGUUCAAACGCAAUAUGGCCGUUCUCCAUGGGAAACCACUUGCUGCAUAUCUGAAUACUGAAUCCUUCCAAAGCCCUUUCCCAAAAUGCUUCAGACACAGACAGGGUGUUGAACUGAAAUUUGACAAGACGCCUUGUCGCUUACGACCUUGACGAACUGAUUUCUAUGAAGAUGGACCUGAGAUACAGUCAGCUGCAGAAAUGUCUGAACUUCUUUGAUCCUGGUAUGCCUGCCACUCCCUCAGUUUGACUGGUUGGUGAUUGACAGAAACCAGACAAACGUGGCGUCCUGAUCAGCCACUCCUAUCCUUGGACAGAACUUUGCGAGGAUUCGAGGGGGGGGGGGGGCAAUCCAAAGCAUUGAAGUAGCGUUUUCUGCCGUCAUCAGGGAAAUUUAAACACAGCACCUCUCUCCAAGAUGACACAAGCCUUAACUCCCUUUCUACACACCAUCCGCCCGCCCACGUCACCUGAUCUUACAACAAGCUCUUCCUUCAAACCAUGAACGACUUCCACCGUCUUUGUGUAUAAACCACGCAGCACUGGAACCACUUGUUACAUUUUUAUAUGCUGCUUUGUUUGUGAUAUUAUAAACUUAGGCUUGUAUAGAAGUAAAAGGUGUUUGUGUGUGACCUAGCUGAACAGAGGUGAGAGAUAGUCUAAGAGUUUGUAGGAGAUAUCUGUAACCUGUCCUGUGCAUGUGUUAACCCUGAAUGGAUCCUGCUAUUAGUGUGUGGGCCUACAUAUAUGCUGCUCUAACAAACAUCACCUGAACUCCCUCGAAGCCUUCUGGGGUGUGAACAAAAGCUUUCAUGCAUUUGCAGUAUCUCUUGCUCAGUACACCUCUGUCUGCACCGACUGUUUUCGUAUAGAUUCAUCCUGAGAAGUCAUGCCACGCACAGAUUUAUCAACUUCAAAGUCAUAAAGGGUCGGCCCGCCGUGCCUCCUGAUGACUCCAGCAGCUGCAGAGUCUGAAUCUGUGCCUGUCAUAGCUCAAGAGUUUACCAAACUGUUUACUGUAGUUGCACUUAAAGAUACCACGGACCUCACCGACCUCACCAAGUGUUAACAGACCGCUGGCGACAGUUAAGUGAUAACGAAUGAGCCCAAAAGUCUCCUCAUCAGCGAUACCAAGAGGAUCAGCUGUGCUACAUGGUAUGGAUGAUGUAGGUAGGAAUGUGGCGUGCUGUUGUACUUCCUUUCUGUAUUUCAUACAGCUGAUGAUGUGUUCCUUUUUAUUUUUCUACCUGAUACUGAACCUUGAACCUUUUGCAUCUUAGAUACGACAACCUGGCUAAAAUAAAACUGUUACUACAUAUGAAAACAGAAAGAUUGAAUUGCUUACUUGGGUGUGGGUGAUUACA